AGGGCUGCCGGCUGCGAUGCUCCGGUGAUGCCCCCAGCCCCCGUGGGCGCCGGGGAGCAUCGUCACCUCCCCCCCGCUGCGGCCCCCGCAUCUCGUCCCCAUUGGGGCUGGCGGCUGCGGUGCUGGGGGGGGGGGGGGGGGGGGAUUUCUCCCGCAGCCACCCGGUUGUCAUGGUUAUGGGAUGAUGGGAAGCACGGGCGAGCGGAGCGAUCGGGGUGGCUUCUCCCCAGCCGCUCGGCUCCCCGUCCUCCCCUCCCCGGGGCGGCAGGACCCCCCGAGCGUCGCGGGGGAUCGGGGGUCCCACGUCCCCCCCAGCCCCCCGCGACCAUGAGCCGCGUCCCCAAGCAAGCGGGGGCCGCGGCGGGUGGUGCCGCCGGGCGCCCGCCGUGCCGCAGCCCCGUCAGGCGCCCGUCGCAUCUCUCCGGGCAGAGCAAGGAGAAGGAGAAGGAGAAGAUGAAGGAGGGCAAGGACAAGGACGCCCGUUACACCAACGGCCACCUCUUCACCACCAUCACCGUCUCCGGCAUGACCAUGUGCUUCGCCUGCAACAAGAGCAUCACGGCCAAGGAGGCUCUUAUCUGCCCCACCUGCAACGUCACCAUCCACAACCGCUGCAAGGACACGCUGCCCAACUGCACCAAGGUGAAGCAGAAGCAACAGAAAGCCGCGCUGCUGAAGAACAGCUCGGCGCUGCAGUCGGUCUCGCUGCGCAAUAAAACUGCCAUUCGGGAGCGCCCCAACUCGGCCAUUUACCCCUCGGAGAGCUUCCGCCAGACGCUGCUGGGUCCCCGCCGCGGCCGACCCUCCCUCUCCCUCUCCAAGAGCGUCUCCACCACCAACAUCGCGGGGACGUUCAACGACGAGUCUCCCCUGGGGAUACGGCGGAUCCUGUCCCAGUCCACAGAUUCCCUCAACAUGCGCAACCGCACGCUCUCCGUGGAGUCGCUCAUCGACGAAGGCCCCGACGUCAUCCUCACCAGCUGAUGAGCG